UCACGGGGAAACUGGGACUUUUGAUUGGUCAGCUCUGGAUUAGUCAAAGGGAGCCACGCUAACGCCGGAGGAACAUUUCAGGGCAAGAUGGCGGUUCAGGCCGUUCACCUGGAUUCUGACGCUUUCCUCGUCUGUCUCCACCACGCUCUGAGCACUGAGAAAGAGGAGGUAAUGGGCCUGUGUAUUGGGGUGUUGAAGGAGGAGGAGGAGGAAAGUGACUCCAAAUUUGCCAGUACUGGAGCGGAUAUGAGCCCGGCGGCAGAGAAGGCCCACUCAGCCCGAAUCGUCCAUAUUCGCUCCGUCAUCAUCUUGCCGCGGUCGGAUAAGAGGAAGGACCGGGUGGAGAUUUCCCCGGAACAGCUGUCCGCGGCCUCGGUGGAGGCGGAGAGGUUGGCAGAGCUCACCGGGUGCCCCAUGCGGGUAGUGGGCUGGUACCACUCCCACCCGCACAUCACUGUCUGGCCCUCCCACGUGGACGUUCGCACCCAGGCCGCCUACCAGAUGAUGGAUCCACGCUUCGUUGGGAUUAUCUUCUCUUGUUUCGUGGAGGAUAAAAACACAAACAUUGGCCAGAUCGCUUUCACUUGCUUCCAAUCUGCACGGGCCCCUAGGAGCUCAGAGUAUGAGAGAGUUGAUAUUCCCAUCCACGUAGUACCCCGAGCCAGCAUUGGGAAGGCAUGCCUCGAGUCGCUAGUGGAGCUGCCCAAGAUCCUCUGCCAGGAAGAACUGGCCUCCUACAGGAGGAGCUGUGGUUGCCCCGACCAGGACUCGGUAACCAGGAUCCACAAUGCCUGCGUGUAUGCGGGCAAUGUAUGUGGCCAGGCUUCCGCCGUCAGUGGGCCUCUCCUCCAGUGGCUGGAGAACAGAUGGGAGCAAAACCAAGAACUUUUGCAGGCUUUGACCCAAGAGAAGAAAGAGCUUAUGGAAAAACUCUCUUCUCUAAAAUAAAACAGGCAAUACACCCAGUAUAAAUCUAUCUCAAUCUUAAAUCUAUCUCAAUCUGAUGAAGAAACGUUUGAAAGACUCAUUUUUCAAAGACUUCUUAGAAGAGCCAGAAGUCAUCAAAGUUGUAUUGCAUUGGCAGUAAUGUCAUGUAACAACACAUAACCUCAUUGCAGCUGGAAGGAGGACGAUACACACAGAGGCCCAACCUAUUUUGACAAAGGACAAAAUGGAGAAAAAUUCAGUAAGCAGUGUUGAAGCAAUUGGUUUCCCCAGGUCAAGCAAGAAAAACAAAGCCCCAAAACUUAAGCCUGAAUUUUAGAUCUUCUAUAAAGUUAUCUCAGAAUUUAUCAUGGAAUAAAUGUAAGAUGUAAAACUGUAAAACAUUUAGAAAAAGUUCACUUUCAGGAAACAAUUUUUCUGGACUUCAGAGCAGUCUAUAAGAAGAAAAAGUUGACAUUUGACUUCAUCAAAGUUAAAGGUUUUUCUCUGCACAACUGUUUUUAAAAAACAGCUACAUAUUGAGAAAUUAUUUGCAGACAGUGCAUGUCUCAGCAAUGUGGAAAACUGUGCUCAAAACUUAGCAAAACCAACUUUUACUAGAAAAUGAAAAACUCAAUAGGUCAAUGAAAAGAAUAUGAAAGUGGCAAAUAAUGACUGAAAAGAUGUUGCACUUCCUAAUUCAUAGGGAAUUCAAAUUAAAACCACAUUUAUCAGAAUGGCUAGUGGGAAAAUAGUGAAAAUACCAAAUGUUAUUGAAGAUUCAAAAUGGUUUCUCAUUGAUUGAUGAUAGCAAUGUAAAAUAGUAUAUCUACACUGGAGAAAUUUCUUUCUGAAGUUAAGCAUAGUUACUCUACAACCCAGCAGUUGCACCUCUGGAUAUUAUACCAGAAAAGUGCAAACCUGUUUUGGCACUAAAACCUGUACAGCUUCAUUGCAUCUUUAUUUGUAAAAGUACUAAACUGGAAACAAACCAGAUGUCUUGCAAUGGGUAGAUGGCUAAACAAAUAAGCAUUCUCAUGGAUGACUGCUCUGUAACAAAAAAGAACAGAUUUUUAAUAAACACAACUUACCAGGGACCUUGGGGGGUAUUUUGGUGAGUUAAAAAAAAAAGUCUCCAAAGGUUAUAUACUGUGUGAUCGCAUUGAAUAACAAAUGUCAAAGUUAAAGAAAUGAACCCAUUGGUUGCUACGAACAGUGACUUGAUGGGGUGCAGCAUUUGUAAGAAUAUGUGUUGACACCAGGAUUUCAUUUGUGCUGAUGGGAUGGUCUUGUAUCUUGAUUGUAGUGCUGAGGAUGUGAAUCUACCUGUGCUAAGACUGUAUAGGUCUUUGUAAGUCUGUGGUCUCCUUAUACUUAGUAUUAUUUUGUUAUUAUCUUGGUUAAGAACCCUACAUAGGGUUCUGUAAUGUUUUUGGAACUUCCUAUAGGUUUAUAUUGAAAAAAGUUUUUUAAGUUUUAAAUAAAUAUUUUAGAAAGCAACGACAGCUGAACUCCUGUGUAUUAAUUCCCCUGCAGAGUUACAUUUAAUUUAUGGUAAGAUGGGUACUUCAGCUGUAGGAUUCCCUCUGGUUCCCUUUAGUGCCAUUCUCAUAGUUUGCUAUGAAUAAGAACUGUUACAAGUGAUAGACUUGUAAUACCUGUCAAGUGAUAUUUGGGUAUUUUUUUUUAAUUGUUGUUGGUUGUGAGACUUGAACUCAAGGCCUGGGCACGGGUCCCUGAGCUGCUUCACUCAAGGCUGGCUGGUGUUCUA